AUGGCACAAGGAAUGGCGCUGACGAUUACUUACCGCGUCCUGCUUCUUGUUGCAAUAUGUGGCCUCGCUUCAGCGCAAUUCAGAAAAGCAGUGUAUUAUUACGCGAAACGUCGAAUCGAGGAGAUGCAGAAUGAGGCAGUCAAAAGGGAUAAGUUCACCUACUGGCAUUUAACAACGGAUCAGCCUACGAAUGAGGUGGCUCUAAAAGCGAAGGAAUACGUUGCUUGGCAUAAACUCGUUCUGUAUUAUAUUUUUACCUACUGGUUCUUGUUUCCCAUUGGCGCAAUCAUCAUACUCUGUUUUCUACUGUUGCACUAUUUAUACAUCAUUACCGAAGAGCUGCAACGCAAGACUCCUUCGGAAAAAGUUUCAGACGCUGCCGCUGCGCUUCCUCAGCAGGCCGGAUCAGCAGAAGCCGUGGCUGACAAAGAAGAUCAGACAGUGGAAAUCAGCUCAACCACAUCUUCGGCACCUGAAGAAUCUGCUGAAUCAGUUGAUCACAGAGCGUCAACAACCUCUUCAAAUACGACUUGA